CGUAAUUUGGCCGGAGACCCGAGACUAACCCGAGUGGGCAAAUCUGUUCCGCUGAGCGUGAAGUGAACGGUCAUUCCUCGCAGGGCAGGGACGGAUCACAGGCCGUGGGCUCGGACUGAGCUUCGGUCCUUCAAAUACAAACUAAUUCACAUUUAAUAUCUCUAACAGGACUCUAGGUGAAAAUGAAUCGCGGGAAGUCUAGUGAUGAGACGCUUAUAGAAAUGAACCGAACUGCUUGGUCCGGCGGCGAAGAAAACAACGGUUUCCAUUCUGGUUCGGAUAAGGAGACUCUUCAACUUGAAGAUGCAGAGUCCACGCUGAGUGUUGAGUCUGAAUGCACAAGCGCGGUGUCUGUUUGCUCAAGUCAUUCUUCAGUGAAUGUGUGUGAACAGUGUGAGAGAGAGCAAACCGAACCACAACAGCACCUCACCAGCUUUAAAGGGAUCUGGAGAAAGAGAGCUUUAUUUCUGAAGUAUCGCUCCAGGGUGGAUAAGCAGCAGCAGAGUAAGGACUCUGUGUACUUCAGAGAUGGCGUGCGGAGGAUAGAUUUCGUUCUGUCUUACAUCGAAGACAAGGACGGAGAAAGGAAACAGGAUCGAAGGAAGGAGUUUGAGGCUAACUUACAGAAAGCUGGACUUGAGCUGGAGACGGAGGACAAAUCUGAGUCUGAAGAUGGGAAGACGUACUUCCUGAAGAUCCACGUCCCGUGGGAAGUGCUGGCAACAUAUGCAGACGUGCUGAAGAUCAAAGUGCCUUUUAAAACCAACGAUAUUGUAGAGAAGAAAGAGGUGCCCAUGAGCUGGCUCUGUACGCCCUACCGUCUGCCCGAGCACGUGAUGCAGCCGGAGCCCGACUACUUCACCGCCACCUUUGACAAGAGCAAGAUCGACUUCUUCCUCAUCGAGGACAAAGAAACCUUCUUUCCUCCAUCCACACGGAACAGGAUUGUAUAUUACAUCCUUUCCCGAUGUCCGUACAGUAAAGAUGACAAGGAUAAGAAGGGCAUCAAGAGGCUGCUGAACAACGGGACUUACACAGCUGCCUUCCCUCUGCAUGACUCCAGGUACUGGACCAGGUCUCGUGAUGCGAACUGUGAGAGCGAACGCUAUGCCUUGUAUAAAUACUGGGCUCGCUUCAGCCGCUUUUACAAGGAGCAGCCGCUCAACCUCAUACGGAAGUACUAUGGAGAGAAGAUCGGCAUCUACUUCGCUUGGCUGGGUUUCUACACAGAGAUGCUCUCCUAUGCCGCAGUUGUUGGUCUGUUCUGUUUCAUCUAUGGGUUGGUCAGCUUUGAUGAAAAUGUCUGGAGUAAAGAGAUCUGUAAUGAGACCAUUGGAGGGCAGAUUAUCAUGUGUCCGCUCUGUGAUAAGAAAUGUGGCUACUGGAAGCUCAACACAACCUGUAGCUCCUCAUGGCAAUCGUAUCUGUUUGACAACACAGCGACGGUGUUCUUUGCAAUAUUCAUGGGGAUAUGGGUGACUCUGUUCCUGGAGUUCUGGAAGCGGCGUCAGGCUCGACUGGAGUACGAGUGGGAUCUGGUGGACAUGGAGGAAGAGCAGCAACAGAUGCAGCUCAGACCCGAAUACGAGACCAAGUGCACCCACCGCCGACUCAACCGCGUCACCCAAGAACUGGAGUGGGUUCUAGAGCAGAGCCCAGCUGAUAAAGCAGGCAGGUUUAUCCUGUGCUGGGCCACUGUUGUGUUGUGGAUCUCUCUGAUCAUCGCCAGUAUAGUGGGUGUGAUCGCGUACCGUCUGGCGGUGUUUGCGGCGUUUGCCAGCAUCAUGAAGGACAGCCCCACCAAUAAGAUGGAUUUGAUUGGAAACCUUAUCACGCCGCAGUUCGCCACAUCCGUCACGGCUUCCUGCAUCAACUUCGUCAUCAUCAUGAUCCUCAACUUCCUGUAUGAGCGCGUAGCUAUAAGGAUCACUGAUAUGGAGGUUCCCAAAACCCAUGUGGAGUACGAGAACAAGCUGACGGUGAAGAUGUUCCUCUUCCAGUUUGUCAACUACUAUUCCUCUUGCUUCUACGUCGCCUUUUUCAAGGGCAAAUUCGUGGGCUACCCUGGAGACUAUUCCUACAUGUUCGGCAAGUGGAGAAAUGAAGAGUGCGAGCCAGGCGGCUGUUUGAUCGAGUUAACCACUCAGUUAGUGAUCGUGAUGGUGGGUAAACAGGUGUGGGGGAACAUACAGGAAGCUCUCGUCCCCUGGCUGUGUAACUGGUGGGUGAGCAGAAGUGCACGGAAACAUCCGGAGAGUCUGUACAGCCGCUGGGAGCAGGAUCAUGACCUGCAGGGCUUCAGUCAGCUCGGCCUCUUCUACGAGUACCUGGAGAUGGUUAUCCAGUUUGGCUUCAUCACCCUGUUUGUGGCCUCUUUCCCGCUGGCUCCUCUGCUGGCUCUGAUGAAUAAUAUCUUGGAAGUGCGAGUGGAUGCGUGGAAAUUCACCACUCAGUUCCGCCGGCCCGUCGCAGCCAAAGCGCACAGCAUCGGCGCAUGGGACGAGAUCCUCAACAUGAUUGCUGUUUUCUCAGUGGUUACCAAUGCUUUCAUUGUGUCAUUCACAUCCGACAUGAUCCCUCGACUGGUGUAUAAGUACGUGUAUUACGAGGUUAAUGAGGGCAUGAUGGAAGGAUACAUCAACAACAGCCUUUCAUUCUUCAACAUCUCACAGUUCAAACCAGAGAACAGUCCAGAGGAUAGCGAAAACCCCGACUGGUUCUUCAGCUCCAACAUCACCACCUGCAGGUAUCGUGACUACCGCUACCCUCCCGGACAUGAGAAACAGUACGUUCACAACAUGCAGUUCUGGCACAUUCUCGCUGCCAGAUUAGCCUUUAUCAUCAUCAUGGAGCAUGUGGUGUUUGUGGUGAAGUUCUUUGUGGCAUGGUUGAUCCCCGACGUGCCGUCCGAAGUGAAAGCCCGUAUAAAGCGCGAGCGCUACCUCAUCCAGGAGUACCUGCACAACUACGAGCUGGAAAAACUCAAAAUCCAGCUCAGCCAGAACGGUUCGAACAUCGAGCAGUGCACGUGUCCCACCACAGCCGCCGCGCCGGUGAAGCUGGAGGUGUUAUCAGACUGUCUGACCUAACACAGCCUGCCUGACCUCUCCUGACCUUGACACUAGCACACGAAAGCUUUCAGUCAGCCCAUGUCUCAAACCAAUCCUCUCCAUUUCAACACAGAAACACACACCACUGGUUCCUAAUAUCUCAGUUUAUGUUUGAUAGUCUUUUUUCAUACCACAUCCACUGUUUUGGGGUUUUCCUCAACUAUGAUAUGUUUCCCAAAGCCCUCAUUUUCAGUCAUGUGACCUCUGAGACAUGCCUACAUGAAGGAAAAGUUUAUAUAAAAGAAGUAUGAUAAUGUUUAAAUGCAUUUAGCUCUACCUAAAGCCACACGAGCUGUAACUCAGUUUCUGUCUAUGCAGAAUGACACUUGCACUCCUCAAGAACAGUUAGGUUCUCUCACGCUUUUGUCUCUUAUAGACACUACAAACAUAAAUGAAGACUGUUUAUGAUCUGUAUGAAACUCUGUGUGAAAGUCUGGCAGCUGAAAUAGCAAGCUAAGAUUUCAGCCCAAAACUAAAAUAUAAACUGGACGUUUCAGGUUUUGUGUGAAUUACUCUGAAUUAUGGCAUAGAUGAGUGUCUCUUUCACACAGUGUCAAAAUGUAAGUACUGAGUGACAAGCUUUAUUGUUAAGAAUGCCUUUAAUUUACCAAAUAUAAAAAGCCUUAAUACCAUAGACAUAUGCAUGGAUCCUUUACGUUGAGACAUACAUAUUAAACACUCCUAUUUACUGUAUGUUCUGAGUUCACGUAUAAAGAAAGGGUUUUCAGGAAAAAAGGUUUUUUUUUUUCAAUUACAUACUAGCGUUUCUUUUUUUAGUAAAUUUUGUGUAUUUUCUUUUUUGAUAAAAAUUGUACAAUAUUUAAGACGAACUGUCACUAUUAUUUUGCAGUAUUACUUCAUGGCUUGAUGCGGCGCCAAUACUGAUUUUUAAAGCAUCCUUUAAUGCUAGAUUUAUUUUAAUUACUGGAAAUUGUAUGCAAAAAAAGAGACUAUACGCCAAACAUGAGUAGAUCCGUAUCUAAAUAUGCACACUAACAACACUCUUGCUGUAGCUGUGCUGUUCAGGUGACAGAGGCAGCCGUUCUCACCCUGCGUUCAUAGUUACAGAUAAUCUGCACUUUAAAGCUUUACAAAAUCUUCUCAAAGCCAAAGUUGCUCCGGUGAUUUGAAUGGCAAAGAUAAUAUAUGUGCCUUUAUUAAAACACAAUCUCCAUGUUGAGUGUAUAUUUGUGCUUCAUUUCUAAUUGAUUUACUGUGUUUUCCUGGUCAGAAGGCCAGUGUCACUCUGAGUUUGUUUUGCACAAAGCACUUAAUGAGGAGUAAUUUAUCUCAGUGUUAUUGAAGAAAGAUUUGUGACUAACGACCCUUUGAAUCUGCACAAAUCUGUGAUUCAUUCAUAAUAUGCCAAUCUGGUCAUUCAUUUGGCACUGUACUUCAAAUCAAACUUCAAAUCAAAAGUUAUAAUGCGGACCAUGAACAGCUGACAGUCUGACAUGUAUAUAUGCUAAUGAUGAUGGAAAACAUAUGCAUUUGCUGUUAUUUGUGACUUGAAUAUUUAAGUUGGAAAUCAUGAUAUUUUGUGUAAAUAUUUUGUUUUCGGUCUCUGGUUCAGAAAUGAAGAAUCUAGUCACUGUUUCACAUAAUAAGAACUGUUAUUCAUAAAAAUGUUAUUCACUUUUGGUUUCUGUAACUGACAAUCUGCAAGCUGUGCUAUGAGGUGAAAAGCCAUUUAUCAGUAAAACAUCUGUAAUUUAAAAAUGAAAACAAAUCUGCAAUUUCAGUUCUAGAGCUGUUCUGGGUGAUCUAAUGAUCAAUGAUUAUGCCUUAUCCUUUUUCUGUUUUUUCUUUCUUUCUUGACAUUUACUGUUUUAAGUUGAUUUUAUGCUUAUUUUUAUGCAUGGUUAUUUUGGAUGUGGAUAUAAAUCCAAGUGUGUUUUUCUGUACUGCUAAUGUACCAGAAAUGUACUCGGUUUUUCAUACUUAAGUCCCCCAAAUAAACUAUUGAAUUCACCAGA